AUGAGCGAACUGGAAGGGGCUGUCGCCUCCGAUGCCGAUGACAACGAGGAGGAAUUGAAGGCAUUCUGGUGGGCGUGGCUUGAUCGCCCGGCUUCAGGGCCGCUGUAUGGUGCAACUGUGGCCAACAGCCAGCUGGUUCGGCGGUACUUGCCACCUGGGUUCAGUACCUUUGUGCGGGUGUACAACGACAGCUGGAAGGAUGUUCUGCGAUUCAGGCAGAAGUCGUUCACUACGUGCGAGAUUUGCCAGCAGCUGAAGGCGUCUCUAGCUGAGAAAGAGCUCUCGCUGGAGAAGAAGCUGGGUUGCCUGCUAGCUUACAGGAACCACUUGAAAGAUCAGUACGACGACAGGUCUCGGCUGUGGGAACUUGAGGCCAUGUCCGCCGAUCCAUCUUCCAACGUCUUGCUACUUUCUGUAGAUGGGAUGGAUCAGGCGAAGUUCGCCGUACCGAGGGAUCCUCAAUUGCGCUGUUCUUCCGCACUGUCUUCGGCCAUCCGCCCGCGGAUGAUGGUGCAUGCUUGCCACGCACAUGGAUACACUUUGCACAUUCGCGUCGCCGACGAGACUGUCAAGCAUGACAGCUCUUUCGUUUUGGAUUUGGUUGCCGAGACCCUUGAAAAGGUUCACGACAUAUGCGUGGAUCGCAAGCAACGAAUGCCAGACCAGAUCAUUCUUGCCGUGGGCGACAAUUGCGUCCGUGAGAACAAGAACUCUUUCGUGCUCUCUUUUCAAAGUCUUCUGGUUCAGCGCUUCAAAGCACGUGUGGCUGGCCUGGCUUUCCUACGAAAGUCGCACACGCACAACGGCCUAGAUCAGCUAUUCGGAAUUUUGGCGCGGCGUCUGGCCUCGACUGACCGUAUCUUGAACGACGAAGAUGUAAUCGAGGUGCUGCGGCCCGGUGUGCGGUCCUGGUUGGGCACGAAUGUUUCCGUUUGCGUGGAGAAGACACCUGCUGUCCGAGCCUGGGCCGACCACGUCGGCAAAACUGGCGUGAAGCUGGAAGGCGGUCUGCUUUGCGACAAGACCUCGAAUCACUUUUUCCUCUUCAUGCUGUAUCGAGACCUGCCCGUACCACUACAAGAGCGGGUCAAGCGUCGUCGCGGCUUUUCCGCACCUGCGGCUCUGGAUGUAGUCGUUCUCGUGAAAGAAUACAUUUGCUCGGACGAUUUGGGCCAGGAGCCUCAAGUCGUCUUGCCCGUCUCCCGCUGUCUUCAUGGCGGCCUUAUCCCGUCUGGUAAGCAUCCGCUUCGGGACAAAGAGUCUGCGAAAGUAUCAUGGACGAAGACGGGGCUCCUCGUGAUCCAGGCAUACGGUGCAGCCGGGCUGAACAGCUUUAGUUUGGCAAGUUAUGAAGAAUACAGAAGGGCGUACGAUUACUUGCAGCGACUGGUCAAUGAUGAUAUGUGGAGGCAAGCUCCACUGCGUUCUUUGCCAUGGCUUGAUUCCAUCGGACAACGGCCGGGUGUGAACGAUGCAGAGGCUUGCUUGCACCAGAGUGUGCUGGACGCAUUGGCGCCGAAGGUACCUUUGCGCGUGGUCUUUCAGAGGCGUGCGAAUGCAGAGUAA